CCUGAGAGCUGCAUGCCAAGCAGAGGAAGAAGGAAAAAAAAGGAGAAUCUAAAAAAGUUAGUGCUCUUUUGUUCUUUAUUGACUAUUCCCUACCAUCAUAUCUACAUAUAAGCGCUGAUAGUACAUACUGCCCUCCGUUAACAGCAAUGUUUCUCUGUUUUAGCAGCAACAAUUGCUGCAGUUGAGACCGGUUAGCAUCUGAGCUAACAGAGAAGCUAACUCUCAGAUACAAGAUGCAACCUGCUUCCUUUUGAAGAAAAAGAUAGAAGAAGUUUACUCUGAGAAUGUUGGACAUUUAUUGACCACUGCGCCGUUUUCGUCAUUUUCUAUCACCAAGGAAUAACAGAUAGUCCGUAUCAUGUCGGCGUUUACUUGGGAGGUUGUUGAUGAUCACUUUCUCAUCAACAAGGAGGGGAACUUCAUUCCUGAUCAGAAUAUACCCAACGACUUGGAGAGGAAAGAGCAAGGAAGACUAGAACCGAGGCUAAUAACAGAGUUGACCGAUGAAGCAGACAAACAAGUCGAACUUUUUCAGGGUACAGAACAGAUUGUAGUUAAGCAGGAGAUGGACAGCGUUAUGGUGACUUUUUAUCAAGGAAAUAACAAUACUGAGGAACCACAACCUGAACCAGUCAAGGAAGAACAGGUUGAACCGAGCCUCUUUCACAAUGAAGAGCAAAUUGUAGUGAAACAGGAGGCUUCUUAUGAGGUAUUGAACAGUAAAGAACCACAACUUCACCAAAUAAUACAGGCAAAGGAUGAACUGAAAUCUGAAGAGGGUAAGGAGGAACAGGAUGAUCUUUACAUUAAUCCUGAUGAAGAGCAGCUUCUGUUGAAGCAGGAAACUAAGGGAAAAGACAUUAAUAACAAAACAAAUCAGGAUCAGCUCCUCUCUACAAACUCAUCUGAAGCUAAUAAUCAACAUAAGCAUGAAAGCAACCAAAAUAAGAAUCUGUAUACUUGCAAAAUGUGUGGGAAAUCCUUUGAAAACCAGAGUCAUUUGGCUGAUCACACAAGAAGUCACUCAAAUGAAAAAUCGUUUGCGUGUCAGUUUUGUGGAAAAGUCUUUACCAAACAAAACAACUUGGCUGUCCACAUUAGAUCUCACACAGGCGAGAAGCCUUUCUCAUGUCCCACUUGUGGAAAAGGUUUUACGCAAAAAGGAAACUUAAGCGUGCACAUGGCAACGCAUACUGGUGAGAAGCCUUUCUCAUGCCCAACUUGUGGAAAAGAUUUUACUCAGAAAAGUAACCUGCACAUUCACAUGAAAACCCACACAGGUGAGAAGCUGUUUCCCUGUGAGCUGUGCAGCAAAUCUUUCAGCUUUAGUUGUCAGCUAGCUAAUCAUAUGAGAAGUCAUACUGGUGAAAAGCCCUUUCUUUGUGUGGUGUGUGGAAAAAGUUUCUCUAAGCAAAAUUACUUAACUGUCCACAUGAAAAUCCACACAGGUGAGAAGCCUUUUUCCUGUACAACUUGUGGAAAAAGUUUUACUAAACAGUGUAAUUUGACUGUUCACAUAAGAUGUCACACAGGUGAAAAGCCAUAUCCUUGUGAAGUGUGUGGUAGAUCUUUUAUCAACAAAAGCCAUUUGACUAAUCAUAUGAGAACUCACACAUGUGAGAAGCCUUUUUCUUGUCUGACCUGUGGAAAGAGUUUCACCAAACAAGGUAACUUGACUGACCACGUAAGAAGUCACACAGGUGAGAAGCCGUAUCCUUGUGAAGUGUGCGGCAAAUCUUUUGUCAACAAAAGCCAUUUGACAAAUCAUCUGAGAACUCAUACAGGCGAGAAGCCCUACGACUGCAAGCUGUGUGGUAAAUCUUUUACAGACUGCAGUAGUAUAGCUCAACAUAUGAAAACCCACACAGGCGAGAAGCCGUAUACUUGUAAAGUGUGUGGUAAAUCAUUCAGAAACAGUAAUCAUUUGGCAUGUCAUAUGAGAACCCACACUGGCGAAAAACCUUUUUCAUGUUCAAUCUGUGGAAAAAGCUUUACACAAAAAGGCAACUUGAGUAUUCAUGUGAAAACUCACACAGGCGAGAACUCCAACAGGUAAAAAAGUUUACAAAAAUAUUUGUAUAAACUGAGUAUUGAGUAUUACUUUUUUAUUUUGCAAAACAAAACCUACAGAUUUUGAAAACAAAUGAACAAAUGUGGUGCUUUUCUUUAAAGCAGAGAAGUUUUAGUUUGAGUGUUUUAUGAUGUUUUUUUUAACUUAAUACAGAACAUCCAUGGAUCAUGUGGCUAAAUUAAAGCAAUGAUGAUUCUCUCUAGAAAUGUCCCAUGCAGGUUAUUACUUGUGAUAAUUAUCUGCAGCAUUGCUAGUUAUUUUUUUGCCAGAUUGUAAGGUCUCCAAGCUGCUUAUCUCAAACACGUUUCUUUUCAUGCCCUCCUCCUUACUGGUCAGAUUUCAAAUAAUAAACUCAUACUUAAACUGAAAA